AUGGGGCCAGAGCCGCUGCGGGACAAGGAGGAGGAGGACGGGGGCCCCCCCCGCCGCAGCCGCUUCGUGAAGAAGGACGGGCACUGCAACGUGGAGUUCGUCAACCUGGGCGAGAAAAGCCAGCGGUACCUGGGCGACCUGUUCACCACCUGCGUGGACGCCCGCUGGCGCUGGCUGGCCCUGCUCUUCUCCUUGGCCUUCGUGCUCUCCUGGCUGCUCUUCGGCCUGGCCUUCUGGCUGGUGGCCGCCCUGCACGGCGACCUGGGCCCCGCGCCCGCCCCGCGCCCGCCCUGCUUCACCCAGGUCACCGGCCUGCUGAGCGCCUUCCUGCUCUCGCUGGAGACCCAGACCUCCAUUGGCUACGGCUCGCGCAGCGUGACCGAGGAGUGCCCGGCCGCCGUGCUGGCCGUGGUGCUGCAGUGCGUGGCCGGCUGCCUGCUGGAUGCCUUCCUGCUGGGGGCCGUCAUGGCCAAGAUGGCCAAGCCCAAGAAGCGCAACCAGACGUUGCUCUUCAGUCGCUGCGCCGUGGUGGCCCUGCGGGACGGCAAGCUCUGCCUCAUGUGGCGCGUGGCCAACCUGCGCCGCAGCCACUUGGUGGAGGCCCACGUCCGCGCCCAGCUGCUGCAGGUGGGGCUCAGCGGGGACCAUGGGCUGUGGGAAGGGAGUGGUGCCUAG